AUGUAUACAGGUAACAUGGCCGAAUGUAUAUAGCGGUGAUAGUGGUAUAGAUUGUAUUGGAUUGGAUUUAUUUACAUACGAAGAUUAACAUAAAAUGGCAGAUGAAAAUGAGAGGAAUGACAUUGCCACAUUUAUAAGGUAUGCUCAAAAUGGGCAUGUCGACCAAUGUGAAAGCCUCUUAAAAAAGAACCCGAACUUGUUAAUUCAAAAGAACAAAGAACACAAAGAUACACUUCUUCAUGUGGUAGUAAGAUCAUUAGAGGACGAAAACAUCGCUCGCAUGAUUCUUUGUCACCAAAAAGUAGAUGUAAAUGCACGUGAUUAUUGGGGACAGACACCACUGCAUCUUGCCACCCGUGUACGAAACAUAUCCUUAAUAAAAUGUCUACUCAAAUCAAGAGAAAUAGAUGUCAACAUCAAAGAUGCAAAUGGUUAUAAUCCUCUACAUGUGCUCGUAUUUUCAGAAGAAGAGAUGGAUGAGAGCUUCUAUGAUACUGAUGAAAUCAGUGACAGCUGGAAAGAAGGAAUUCAGCUUCUUGUUGACGCAAAUGCAGACAUUAAUGCGAGAACAAAUAAUGGGCAAAACAUCCUUCAUCUUGCUGCAUCUAAACUCUGUGCAGAAAGAUUUGUCGUGUACAUUCUUCUACAUUAUCCUGCAAUCGAAUGGUCAGCGACGAACGCGUCAGAGGAGAACUUUCUUCAUAUUCUAUACUUAAGGACAAUGAAAACAAAUCGUAAAAGCUUACAUUGA